AUGUCUAAGCAAUACCUGACCACACAUACCAUCGACGAAGCACAUCCUACCGAUAUCUUUUCACUGGCAGUCACAUCGAAUAAUGUCAUUUCCGCAUCAGGAGCUUCUUCGCUGAAAGUCCACGCUACCGCAGAUGGCGACUAUGCACUCACGCAAUCUCUCGACGGAGCACACAAGCUAGGAUGCCACCACGUCGUUACGAGCAAAAACGGACAGCGGGCCGCGAGUGUAGGCUUUGGCGGAGAAGUCAAGAUAUGGGCCGCGCAAGCUAGUGAAGGUCAAGAAGGACACUGGGCUCUGGAGGGUGACAUUGAAGAUCAAAACAAGGCCGGCGAGUUAUGGGCGAUCGCGCUGUCUGAGGAUGGCCAGUAUCUAGCCAGCACGACAUACGAUGGACGAAUAAAUGUCUGGGAGACGUCGGGAAAUCGGGAGAAAAUUAGACAGUACGAGACAAAAGGCAGCUUUGGCAUGAGCAUUGAUCUGUCGCUCGAUGGCAGAUUUACUGCCUCAGGCCAUGAGAAUGGCAGUGUUUACAUUUUUGACAAUGAUACCGGGCGAAUCCUCCACUCAUUGCCAAGUCUCGUGAAGCCUGUUCGAGCAGUUGCGUUCUCGCCUGGAGGAAAAUUACUCGCGGCGGCAGGAGACUCGAAGAUUAUCGCGCUCUACGAUGUCGCAUCGGGAGAGCAAGUGGCGAACUUAACUGGACAUGCGGCAUGGAUUUUUUCUCUCGACUGGAGUUACACGGGAGAAUAUCUCCUUAGUGGAGCGUUUGACGGAAAAGUCAAAGUGUGGUCAAUCGACAUUCGCGACUGCGUGGCGACGCAUACCGAGACAGACAAGACCAUAUGGAGUGUGAAAUGGCUGCCCAAAACAGGCAGAAGUGAAGGAUUUGUGACAGCGGGCGCGAACAAACGAAUCUCAUUCUAUAGAGAAGCCACGGGAGGAUGA